AUGUCGGACAGUGAUGUCGAGUACGAUGCGUUCAACGUGGAAAUUGAAGAACUGGACGUGGAUGAGGUCGAUGAAUCGGUGCGGUCCGAAUUUGUUGAACUACAGUCGCAGCACGUCACAACGCAUCCGGCCGGGUAUGCUGCACCACCUUCAACCUCAUCUGCCGGUGCGAAUUCUUCCGCCCAAUCGGAAUCGGAAACGGACGACGAGAAUGUGUAUCAGCGGGAAGUGCUGAUCAAGAAGCUUGUAGCGCGGGAAAUUAGUUUCUCCGAGUAUCAGGCACAAAUCCAGCAAGAGGAUGAUCUAGACGACGAGGAUGUGGAUAUGGAUCAGAGUGCAAAGAAAAAGUCCACCUUUUUCCAGGACUUUAAUACUGCGCGCCGUGAUGUUUUGAAGGGAAACUUUCAAGGCUCAAUCAAACCGGAAGGUAAGUCAAUGUACCGGCGUCAAAAGCGAUGCCUCCCGACGGCACUCCAAGGUUUGAUGGGGCAGGCGAACCUUUGCUACGCUAGGGGAGAUGUGAAGACGGCAGAAGAUCUGUGCAUGGAAAUCAUUCGACAGCUUCCAUUGGCUCACGAACCGUUCAUAACGCUGGCUCAGAUAUACGAGAUGAGCGAUCCAGAAAAAUAUCUGCAGUAUUCGCUCAUCGCAGCACAUUUGAAUCCUUCCGAUUCGGAGCAGUGGCUGCAUGUGGCAGAAAUAUUUAUCGAGCGUGAUGAUGUGAUUGAAGCGCUCAAAUGUUAUACGCGUGGCAUCAGGGCGAACCCAAAAAAUGUAGACAUGCGCCUCAAACGAGCUCGCCUGAUGGAAACGAAAGAUGAGAAGCAAGCGUUAAGAUACUACUACAACAUGCUACCGUUCAUACCGAAAGAACAGUCCGAUUUACUCAUCAGUACGGCGAAGCAUGUGGCGAAGAAAUUUCACGAAGAAAGUAACGUUGGUGCGGCAUUGGAUGCUAUGCAGCGGGCGUACAGUACGGCACCGGAAAAAUUUAGUAUGGAGGACAUCAAUCUGCUGAUCGAGCUACUCAUAGCUAACGGUCACUAUCGACAGGCUCUGGACAUUCUGGCGAUGCAUGCAAGCGUAGAGCUGUAUAAUUACGAUCUGGGAGCUAGCGAGGAUACACCGAUGAAUCCCAACUUUUCAAUCGUAAUACCGGACAACAUUGUGCUUGAUUUGCGCACGAAGCUAGCGGUCGUGCUUGUGCAUUUGAAAUGUGUACAAUGUUUCGAGAAAGUCAUACACGACAUUCUCACUCACAUCGAUCCAGAGAACGAUGGUGAUUGUUAUCUGGACGUUGCCGAGGCACUUAUGAAGGAAGAAUACUACCGUGACGCGUUACGACUGCUGGUGCCGCUGAUAAGGAGUGAAAAGUUUUCCCUGGCCGCAGUCUGGUUGCGGUACGCCGAUUGCUCUCGAUGGAUUGAAAACUAUGAUGAAGCGAUUGUAGGAUAUCGGAAGGUAGUUUCUCUGGCAAGCUACCUCGACGCACGAUUGGCACUAGCUGCGCUGUUGAAAAAGCAAGGCAAAUACGACGAAGCACUGCAGGCAUUAGAGCAAGAUCCCGAAAACGAGUAUCUCGAUCCGGAAGUGCUUCACGAACGCUGUCUAAUGCUGCAUGAAGCCGGUCGCUAUCAGGAGCUACUUUCCGCCGGUUUCAUCCUGCUCGCCCGGCACUGUUACCAGAUUAAAAAGCGUCAGGACAUAGCGGUGCUGUCGCACGUAAAGUACUACGAAAAUAAAAAUCGUAUCCUUGGCGAAGGUGUACCGGACUUUGUGCCUGGUAACGAUUUGCCACUUGCGUUGGAGUGGGAUCUUGCCAUCCGCCUGCUAACGGUGGCCGAUGAACAACGCGACUACACGUACUACAUGAAGCUGGUCUUUACGCUGCAAACAUCGAAACGCUUCCACUGCUACCGGCCAGAUCUACUACAGCUUGCACUAACCGCCUGCAUUUACAAUCGCGAUCCAACCUUCGGUUUAAACAUUAUGCGCGAUCUUAUCCGUCCCCUGUUUAAUCUGAAGGGUGACGCGUUCGAGUCGAAAAUUAACCACCCGCAGCUGUGGAAUCUGUUCAACUUGAUCGUGUUCAUUAGCGGAGACGUGCGAUACCAUCGCUAUUUGUCGCGUAUAUUUUUCCGCUCGUCAAAGAUCGGCAUCUAUCCGAAGGUGCUGAUUGCCAACUACCAUCUAAACUGUUGCACCUUCAAGUACGCACUGAACGAGUACAACAAAAUAUAUCUCGUAACGAACGAUCCACUGCAUGCAAUGAUGAUUGCCGUCACGUUGACGCAGAUCGCCUGCCAAAAGUUUACCAACAAGAAACAAUCGCUUAUCGCACAGGCGAACGUGUUUAUGGAAAAGUAUCUUGCCGAACGGCCGGAAGAAGUGCGGCACGAGGUAUACUACAACUUUGGGCGAAUGUAUCAUCAGCUGGGAUUGCUUCAUUUGGCGGUCGAUUACUACAAGCGUGUGCUGAACUUUGACAGUCUCGUGGUGAGGGAAAAUCCGCAGUAUUUAGAUUUAAAGGCUGAGGCGGCUUUUAACUUGAGUUUCAUCUACAAACAUAGCGGUAACUAUGACCUAGCUCGCAAAUAUCUGUACGACUAUAUACAAGUGUAA